AAAGAUGGAUGGAGAGUAAGUGAAGCAAUUAAAAUGUGUCCUAUACGACAGGGAUCCCCAACCUCCCAGUACCAGCCAUCGGCUUGUUAGGAACCGGGCCGCACAGCAGGAGGUGAGCGGCAGGUGAGCGUGCAUAGCUUCAUCUGUAUUUACAGCGGCUUCCCGUCGCUCGCAUUACCGCCUGAGCUCCGCCUCCUGUCAGCAUUAGGGUUGAAAAUAGCAUGGACUGACUCCACCAGAAUUCAUGAUGUGGAUCCCGGAGUUCCAAGUGCUCAAGAAACCACAGUGAACUGCUGGCCACUUUUGCUCCAACUAGCAGGGCCCAUGGACCACUGGACAGAAUGGAAAUUUCACACCAAGGCUUGGCGGUGGAGCUGGGAAUCCGGUGGGAGAAGGGAGAGACGCCAGCUUAGAAGGGGGUUGAUUGUGGGUUCCUAGAAGGCACAGCGGUACCUCAGCCCCGCUGGUGCCCAUCGAGGAAGUGGAGAACCCCGAGUUCAUGGGCAAAGGCGGAUUUGGCGCUGUCUUCCGGGCACAGCACAGGACUUGGGGGUUUGGAAGUGGCGGUGAAGAUCGUGAACUCCCCCAGUGCCCGAGGCCAGGGCCGCUCCUCUGCCGCCUGCUGCGGGACCUGGUGCUCGGGAUGUGCUACCUGCACAGCCAGAACCCCAUGCUUCUACACCGGGACCUCAAGCCCCCCAGCGUCCUAUUGGACUCAGAGCUGCAUGCCAAGGUCAGCGCAUCCAUUACGCAGCCCAACCCCUGGACGGGGUCCUGCCCCAGAGCUGCUCCAACCCCACCCACUGGACAGAGGACCUGCUGCAACCCUGUCUUCUGAAUACCCUCAGCAUCUCCCUCUGGACACAGUGCUGCCCAAGUGUCAAGGCUCAUCCAGGAGCUUUAGCCCCUGCCAUACCAGGCGAUAGAAGCCUUGGCCAACAUGGUCAGUUCCAUGGGUCCACCCCACGGGGCUCUCCAAAGACCCGUGGCUGACCUAGUCCAGGAGACUCAGACCUUGACCCAGCCCCAUGGAGCGGGGACCCAGACCUCCAACCAGGAGCCUCACUGGUCCUACCAUUCCGCUAACCCCCCACACCCCCUUUACAAGGCUGGGACCAUAAUAUCUGCGCAGCCACAGAAGGACCUGUGCCUUCUGUGGGGGAGAGGAAAGGAUUCUGCAGGCUGCUAGGCCCUGUCCAUCUCCUAUCUCCUCCUUCUUAUCUCCUUUUGCAGCUGGAAGAUUUGGGCCUGUCCACGUUUCUGGGAGUCUCACAGACAGGGGCAGGAUCUGGGGAGUCAGGGAGCACCCCAGCUUACUUGGCCCCAGAACUGUUGGCUGAUAUAAACUGGAAGGCCUCCAUGGCCAGUGAUGUCUACAGCUUCGGGAUCCUAAUGUGGGCAGUGCUAGCCAGAAGAGAAGCUGAGAGUAAAACUCUAGGCAGACUCUGGGAUCCUUCACCUCAGUAGUGGACCAUGAAUCACUGCAGCGGGAAGCAGUGUGUGAGAGGCAGAUCCGGCCUGCAUUGACUGAGCUGCCCCAGUCUGGCCCUGAGAUCCUGGCUUGGAAGUACUGAAGGAUUUAAUGCAGCACUGCUGGAGCCAUGAGCCCCAGAAGAGACCCUCCUUCCAAGAAUGCUGACCAAACACCCAGAAAGUCCUCGAUCUGGUAAAGAAAGGAGAUGUCUGGUAAAAAGAUGAAUGCUGCAGUCUCCACAGUAAAGGAGUUCCUGUCUGAGCACAGGGGCAGCAGCAGGUUGUUGUCUGUCCUCAAGCCAGGCCCGGAAAGUACAGAAAAGGAUGGCCCUGGGGGAACCACAGGAAGCCAUGAUUCCAUGGUCUCUGAAAUGAUGAACCUGAAUCUGGAGGGGUACCCCAGGCCUGUUCCUGAAAAAUGUACAAACCUUCCUGAGAGCAUCAGGGCCCAGAGGGGGCAGGUUCAGCCUGCCCUGGACAGCAGAGACCUCUUCAGAUUCAACAGCCCAACCUCCUCAAAAUCCAGAGACCUUACCUGUCAGAAACCAGAAGCCCAGCCCCACCUCGGCUUGGACCCCAGGUCCUGGACCCCAAGGGUAUCAGGGGGCUGAGAGACGUGACACCAACUGGCCUCCCAGGGCGCCAGGGCCAAAUCCAGUACCAGGGCCUGGCACCUCGGGGCAUGGAUAGGGGCCCCCAGCACACCCCCAAGGAAUAGGUUCGAAAGAAGGACGGCAAGAACCGGAAGCCUGGAGUGGGCCACAGGGCUGGUAUCAUAAUAGCAGGAAUCGAAGCAGCUUCUAAACUGCCUCCUGGACUUGAGGCAGCUAGCCUAGACUUUCUCUGAGGGCCAUCAGGCCUGCACCCGAACUGUCUUUGUGGGCCCAGGAGUCAAUAAAUGUGGUGGAAUUUUGACCAAAGCACCACGACGAGGCUAAAGCUUCAGCCAGGGGUGGGAAGGGACGUGGAUGAGAGGCGGGGGAGCUGACAUCGAGGGAGUAGAAGGCACUUCCGUGUCUGGCUAGGGCGGGAAGGGGGAUGCUGAGGGCUGUAGGUGGGCAGAGUUGUGGCACACAAGGUCAGGGCCCAGCUGGCGGCGGCAGGAAGGAAUCCUGGAGGUCUGGCUCCUGGGCAGCUCUAAUCUCAGGGCAGAGCACUUCCUGUAGAGCAGGCCCAGACCCCACCCUAAACCAAACCCUGAGGACAGAGGCUGUGGUCCUGCCACCACCUUUUCCCUGGGCUGUGGAGACUUGGCAGUGGAGUCCUGGGGAGGGGGCUCGCCGUGGGAUUUCGCAGACCCCAGCACAUCUCCCUGCAUGAUGCCCCUAGUCUCUCGUACGUCAGCCCCCAUACUACCACCUCCCUCCGCUGCGUGCACACAUUGCUUCCGUGGAGGCACUGGAACCCUUUGAUUCUCAGCUGCUGUCUGGGAGUGGACAGCGACGGCUCCACAAAGCUACACGCAGAUGUGCCCCUCCCCUGGAGCUGGACACCACCGGAGUAUGGACCACUCAGAUACGGCCACAGCGCUGCCGUCUAGGCUGGAGGAGCAGGGAAUGACCGCCUCCCAUCCUAACCUAGAACCUAGCCCCCGCGUGGCACCAUGUUCUUCUUCCCCGCAUCCUUGCCAGCCUUCGCUCCAGCCCACCCUCAGUCUCCCCACAUCCAAGGUUCUGAACCCAUUUUGACAUUUGACGCUUGGCUCAGCCCACCCCACCCCUUGCGUCUCCCCCCCGCGGUCCGCAUUCCUCUUCCUUGAGGGGGCAGAUGUGGGGAGGCUGUGGAGUUAGGAGAGACAAUCAGAGUGGGGGAGGAGGCCUGCGGAGUCCGGCUAGGGCACAGGAAGGGCCGGGCUGUCCCACCGGGGAAGUGGGAGGGCGCCGAGGCGCCGGGAGGGAAGUGCCUGUUGCCCGGGGCUCAGAGCUAAUAGCCUAGCAGCCAGUGUGACUCCGAAACCUGCCCUGGGGUUAGCCCGUUCGGCUGCGGCAGUGAGUUGAGGGAAAGGAGGUAGCCGGGGCUCCUUUGCUUCAACCCUGAAUCCUGUGCCCCUGGCUUUUGCUAGAGCACCUCUGCAGUCUGGGUUUGAGGAAGGAGAAGCAAAGCAUUGAGCAGUCCCUUCACUGCCAACGGGAGAAGGCAAGGAGGUCACAGGGAGUGCCUGGGGGAGGUGGGAUAGCGAGGUUGGGAGGUCCGGGCGCAAGUGGCUUGGACCUGGUGAGAACGGCACAGCUGGGGCUAGCUGGGGCCUCAGACAGUAACCCACCCUGGCCCUCCUCAGCCCCAGGGGUCACCCCAAGGCGGUAUAGCUCUGGGCAGGGGAGACCAUGGCCCGCCUCUUCAGUCCCCGGCCGCCUCCCAGCGAAGACCUCUUCUACGAGACCUACUACAGCCUGAGCCAGCAGUACCCACUGCUGCUGCUGCUGCUGGUGAUCGUGCUCGUCGGGCUCCUGGCGCUGCUCGCUGUUGCCUGGGCCAGUGGCAGGGAGCUGGCCUCAGACCCGGGCUUCCUGACCACUAUGCUGUGCGGGCUGGGCGGCUUCUCGCUGCUGCUGGGCCUGGCUUCCCGCGAGCAGCGACUGCAGCGCUGGACGCGUCCCCUGUCGGGCCUCGUGUGGGCAGCGCUGCUCGCGCUAGGCCUCGGCUUCCUCUUCACCGGGGGCGUGGUGAGCGCCUGGGACCAGGUGUCCUUUUUCCUUUUUGUCAUCUUCACCGUGUACGCCAUGUUGCCCUUGGGCAUGCGGGACGCCGCCGCCGCGGGUCUCGCCUCUUCACUCUCACACCUGCUGGUCCUCGGGCUGUAUCUUGGGCUUCAGCCGGACUCACAGCCCGCGCUGCUGCCGCAGCUGGCGGCAAACGCGGUGUUGUUCCUGUGCGGGAACGUGGCCGGAGCAUACCACAAGGCGCUGAUGGAGCGCGCGCUGCGCGCCACGUUCCGGGAGGCGCUUAGUUCCCUGCACUCCCGCCGGAGACUCGACACCGAGAAGAAGCACCAGGAACACCUUCUCUUGUCCAUCCUUCCUGCCUACCUGGCCCGAGAGAUGAAGGCGGAGAUCAUGGCACGGCUGCAGGCUGGACAGGGGUCACGGCCAGAGAGCACCAACAACUUCCACAGCCUCUAUGUCAAGAGGCACCAGGGAGUAAGCGUGCUGUAUGCUGACAUCGUGGGCUUCACGCGGCUGGCCAGUGAGUGCUCCCCUAAGGAGUUGGUGCUCAUGCUAAACGAGCUCUUUGGCAAGUUCGACCAGAUCGCCAAGGAGCAUGAAUGCAUGCGGAUCAAGAUCCUGGGAGACUGUUACUACUGUGUCUCCGGGCUGCCACUCUCGCUGCCAGACCACGCCAUCAACUGCGUGCGCAUGGGGCUGGACAUGUGCCGGGCCAUCAGGAAACUUCGGGCAGCCACCGGCGUGGAUAUCAACAUGCGUGUGGGUGUGCACUCGGGCAGCGUGCUCUGCGGGGUCAUCGGGCUGCAGAAGUGGCAGUAUGAUGUCUGGUCCCAUGAUGUCACUCUGGCCAACCACAUGGAGGCGAGUGGAGUGCCAGGACGAGUACAUAUCACAGGGGCUACGCUGGCACUGCUGGCAGGGGCUUAUGCUGUGGAGGAUGCAGCCAUGGAACACGGGGACCCAUACCUUCGGGAGCUAGGGGAGCCGACCUACCUUGUCAUCGAUCCCCGGGCUGAGGAGGAGGACGAGAAGGGCACUGCAGGCAGGUUGCUGUCCUCUCUUGAGGGCCCCAAGAUGCGUCCGUCACUGCUGAUGACCCGCUACCUGGAGUCCUGGGGUGCGGCCAAGCCUUUUGCCCACCUGAGCCACGUGGAGAGCCCCGUGUCCACCUCUACCCCUCUGCCGGAGAAGGCCCUGUCUUCCUUCAGCCCCCAGUGGAGCCUGGACCGGAGCCGUACCCCCCGGGGACUAGAUGAUGAACUAGACACCGGGGAUGCCAAGUUCUUCCAAGUCAUUGAACAGCUCAACUCUCAGAAACAGUGGAAACAGUCAGAGGACUUCAACCCAUUGACACUGUACUUCCGAGAGAAGGAGAUGGAGAAAGAGUAUCGGCUCUCUGCACUCCCCGCCUUCAAAUACUAUGCCGCCUGCACCUUCCUGGUUUUUUUCUCCAACUUCAUUAUCCAGAUGCUGGUGACAAACAGGCCCCCAGCUCUGACCAUCACCUAUAGCAUCACCUUCCUCCUCUUCUUCCUCCUCCUCUUCGUCUGCUUCUCAGAGCACCUGACGAAGUGUGUCUUGAAAGGCCCCAAGAUGCUGCACUGGCUGCCCACACUGUCUGUCCUAGUGGCCACACGGCCCGGACUGCGAGUUGCCCUGGGCACCGCUACCAUCCUGCUCGUCUUCUCCAUGGCCAUUACCAGCCUGGUCUUCUUACCGGCAGCAUCAAACUGCCCUUUCCGGGCUCCCAAUGUGUCCUUCACGGCUUCCAACCUCUCCUGGGAGCUCCCUGGGUCCCUGCCUCUCAUCAGCGUCCCCUACUCCGUGCACUGCUGCGUGCUGGGGUUCCUCUCCUGCUCCCUCUUCCUGCACAUGAGCUUCGAGCUGAAGCUGCUGCUGCUGCUGCUGUGGCUGGCAGCCUGCUGCUCCCUCUUCCUGCACUCCCACGCCUGGCUGUCUGACUGUCUCAUCGCCCGCCUCUAUCUGGGUGCCUUGGACUCCAGGCCAGGGGUGCUGAAGGAGCCUAAACUGAUGGGAGCAAUCUUCUUCUUCAUCUUCUUCUUCACCCUCCUGGUCCUGGCUCGGCAGAAUGAGUAUUACUGCCGCCUGGACUUCCUGUGGAAGAAGAAGCUGAGGCAAGAGCAGGAGGAGACAGAGACGAUGGAAAACCUGACUCGGCUGCUCUUGGAGAAUGUGCUCCCCGCGCACGUAGCCCCCCAGUUCAUCGGCCAGAAUCGGCGCAACGAGGACCUCUACCACCAGUCCUACGAGUGUGUGUGUGUCCUCUUCGCCUCAGUCCCAGACUUCAAGGAGUUUUACUCUGAAUCCAGCAUCAACCAUGAGGGGCUAGAGUGUCUGCGGCUGCUCAAUGAGAUAAUUGCUGAUUUUGAUGAGCUGCUCUCCAAGCCUAAGUUCAGUGGGGUGGAGAAAAUCAAAACUAUCUGCAGCACCUACAUGGCAGCUACAGGCUUGAACGCCACCUCUGGACAGGACGCACAGCAGGAUGCCGAGCAAAGCUGCAGCCACCUUGGCACCAUGGUAGAGUUUGCCGUGGCCCUUGGGUCUAAGCUGGACGUCAUCAACAAGCACUCAUUCAACAACUUCCGCUUGCGUGUGGGGUUAAACCACGGACCUGUAGUGGCCGGAGUGAUUGGGGCCCAGAAACCACAAUAUGACAUCUGGGGCAACACGGUGAACGUGGCCAGCCGAAUGGAGAGCACAGGCGUCCUGGGCAAGAUCCAAGUGACCGAAGAGACAGCCCGCGCCCUGCAGUCCUUAGGCUACACCUGCUACAGCCGGGGCAUCAUCAAGGUCAAAGGCAAAGGGCAGCUCUGCACCUACUUCCUGAACACAGAUUUGACACGAACUGGACCUCCCUCGGCCACCCUAGGCUGAGAACCCCACCCCCUCCUCCCACCUAUAAGAUCCUCAAUAAAGAUACUCUGGUAUGUCUGGGUUAGAGUU